AUGACGAUCCGAAUCGCCGUCGUCCUCAUGAGUGGGCGGAAAGCAGACUUGGAUGUGACACCAGGCUGCUCUGUGGAAGAGCUCAGGAUAAGAGCACAGCAGAUGCUCGGGGUCCGCGGGAGACUUCUCAGUGCAUCUGGCACUUCCUUGCAUGGAGACUUCACCGUUCAGCAGGCCGGGUUGCGGAGCGGCGAUUGGCUGACCUUGCACACACGGCCGUUACUCUUGUCGGCCACCUCUGCAGCAGUGGCAGCUGUCCUUAGUGAUGGCUCAGUCGUCACAUGGGGUGAGUCGGACAUGGGGGGCGACAGCGGUGUAGUGCCACUCGAUGACGUGCGGCACAUCGCGGCCACACAGUCUGCCUUCGCCGUCAUCCGGGACGACGGCUCUGUCGUGACCUGGGGACGUCCGCGCUGGGGUGGGGACAGCAGCGCCGUGGUCGAGCGAUUGAAG